AUGGAGGAUUCGAUUACGCAAUUUCGCGACGGCAUAGCUCGAUUCUGCACCCACCUUGAAUCCAGUUCCGCCGCUCUCCUCCAGUCCAUCAACCGCCUUCCCAUCCCUUUCGAUUCUGCUUCGUUGUCGUUCGUGCAAUGCCUGAACCGUCGUGUAUCCACUGCCACCAGUGAUCUCAACCUCUUAGAGUCGAUGACUUCCGAUACGGUGUCGUUUGAGGAGUUGCUUGGUCACUGCAAUGAGGUUUUCAAGAAGAAUCAGAAUGAUAUUGUUGAGCUCGAGGAUCGCCUUUCUGUCUUCGGAUAUGUUCCUGAGGCGGAGAUUGAUGAAUCUGAAGAGGACUGGAAUGAAUCACAACCUAAUACUAGUUUGGAUUUAAAGAACCCAAUGGAAGAUGACUCUUUAUUUGAUGAUACAUUGAGCUUGCAGAAUCUUGGGAUUUCUGAUGCCUCUCUUGCCACUAUUGUAUCCGAAGGCAACAACAAGAUGGAGUUACAGGGACUAUCUGAACCAGCCACAGAUAUCUCAGAAAUAGAAAAGGAUGACCGAAAUGAGUUGAAAGCAUUUGAAGGUUCCCAAUCUUUAAUAGACGUACCUAAAGAUGUUUAUGAAAGUCUUCCUUCAUAUAUGAAAAGUUUAGCAUCUUGGGAGGAUAUGCUUGCUGCUGUUGAGAAAAUGAACUUGAGACUCAAACAGAAAAUCAGGAAUCGCAAUUUCUUCACCCAAGAUGAAGUUUCAUCAUUGGAAUUAGGCCCGAAAACCAGAUCAUAUUUGCUGUUACUCGUGAAGAUGAACCGUUUAGUCGUUGAGACGAUUGAUGGCUUGAUUUCGUAUAGAGUACUUUAGCCAAAUAUACAACUUCCCUAUUGGUUUUUGUUGGAUUAAGUCAUGGGGAUUUGUUUGAUUUCAUUCCAUUGUAGGAAAAUUACAAGUUUGGACAGUUCACCAAUCUGUCUUGUUUGAUGCUUCUUUUUAUUUAACAAUAUUUGUUGUUGGUGAUCGUGAGCUUAAAUUAAAUUGGGUUUCU